AUGUCACUUUUUUAUUCUGCCUUUUUCCCCUUUAUUUUUCUUCAUUUUUUUCCUUCAUGUCUGUUUCAUUUUUAUAUGAUUUUAUAUUUCUUGUUUCUUCUUCUUCAUUCACUUUCAUUCUUGAUUUCGGAGUAUAUUUUCUUUUUAUUAUAUUUACUCUUUUACUCAUAUAAUUGCCUCCAUUUUUUGGCAGCCAUUUGUGCGUUUUUCUUUUAUUUUCGUCCCUUUGUUUUUCAUGUCUUUCUUUUUUCUUUUUGUUUCUUCAUCUUUUCUUCAUUUUUUAUGUCUUCUGGUUUAGUCUUUUUUUCUUUUCACCCGACAAUCUGUUUUCUAUUCCUUUAUUAUUUUAUCUUAAUUUCUUUCUUUUUCUUUUUUCUUUCUUUCUUUCAUUCUUUCUUUCCAUCCUACGGUUUAUUUUCUUUCUUUUAUCUUAAUUUCUUUCUUUUUUUCUUACAUUAUUCUUUCUUUCUUUUUUCAUUCUUUCUUUUCAUCUUACAAUUUCUAUUCUUUUAUCUUAAUUUCUUUCUUUUUCUUUCUUUCUUUUUUCUUUCUUUUAUCUUAAUUUCUUUUUUUCUUUCUUUCUUUCUUAUCUUAAUUUCUUUCUUUUUUCUUUCUUUUUUUUCUUUCUUUUUUUCUUUCUUUCUUUCUUUUCCCUCCGUUCUUAAAAAAACAAAAACAAAAAAGAAUGUUCUUUAUGCUAUCUGUACUUUCUUAUAUUUUCUUUUUUCUUUCUUACUUUCUUUAUUUCUUUCCUUCUUUCUUUCUUUCUUUCCUUUUUUUCGCCUUUUUUUUCUUCCUUGCAUUAUCUAUAUUUCUUCUUUAUUUAAUCAUUUCACUUUCUUUCUUUCCUUCCUUCCUUCUUUCUUUCUUUUUUACUUUUUUUUACUCGCUUUCCUUUUCGUUUUCUUUCAUUCUUCUUAUCUCUAUUACUUUUUCUUUCUUUCUUUCUUUCUGUCUUUCUUUCUUUCUAAUUUGAGUGUUUCUUUCUUUUCCAUUACGGUGUUUCCUAGAAUUUUUCUUUCUUUUUUUUUUAUUUUCAUUCUUUCCGUCUUACUUUUGGACGUCUCCUCGUCUUCCUUUUCUUUCUAUUUUUCUUUCUUUCUUUCUGUUUACCUCGCUUAUUUCUUUCCUUCUCUUGUCUCUUUUUUUCUUCUUUCCUACUAUUUAUUCCUUAAACCUCACUUUUUUUUACUUAACUUUUCGAAUUCUUUAUUUUAUGUCCUCAUUUUUCUAAUCCUUCCUUCCUUCUUUCUUUUCUUUGCUUCUAACGGGCAUAUUUCUUGCUUAAGGCAUUCAUAUGUUAUCUGCAGCGACUGCAGUCAAAAGUUAAGCGCAUAUGAGAAUUCUGAUAUGAACAGCCAAUAUAAUUUCGUUUUCAUUUAUAUCCAAAUUGCUAUUAAUCUACCAAUUAAUAUCUAUCUAUCUAUCUAUCUAUCUAUCUAUCAAUCUAUCUAUCUAUCUAUCUAUCCUGAACCCAAACGUAUCUAUGAUUUUAUCUAA